CCACCGCCCAUGCCGCUGCUACGUGGGUACCACGUGUGUAAGGCCCUCAGCCGCCGCACUGCCGCCGCCACCGUCUCUUCUGUACUGUGCGAUUUUUGUGUGGCUGUGCAGAACAUCUGCGUGAAAUUAUGUCGAAUAUAAAGCAAGAAAUCAAAACGGAGGAAGAGCAACAGAAUUAUUCAAUGAGUAACAACAGCGAUCCAAAAAAUAUGCAGGAAUUAACACAAUAUGUGCAGACCUUACUUCAAGGAAUGCAGGACAAGUUUCAAGCAAUGUCAGAUCAGAUCAUAACAAGAAUAGAUGAAAUGGGUAAUCGCAUUGAUGACUUGGAGAAAAAUAUAACAGAACUAAUGACGCAAGCUGGUGUGGAAGGGCCUGAAAAAUAAAAAGGGAACUGUUUGUAUUUCAGAUCACUGUAUGAAAAUUAAAUUUGCAGACUGAAGAUACAUCUUUAACUUGAAGAGUCAUGUUGCACCACAAGCAUUAGAUAGUUCUGAUAAAGUGUUGUGUAGUUGUUAAUAGUUAUUUUCUAUUUAUCAUUGCACAAUUAAGGCUUGAGUAACGGUGGAAGUGACUUCAUGACUGGAAAGUAAAUGAAACAGUGUGGUGUUACUUUUGAUCUUGUAGUGGCCUGAACUUGAUAAGAAGUUAUUGCAUAUCCAUUUUGGAAUCCCAAGUGUAUUGGAGUGUGUUUAGUUUCAGAGUAUUACGUAUUGUAAUGUUGUCAGAAAGUUUUUCUUAUAAUUUUUGUAAAUCAGCAAUAUGAUUCAAAAUUUAAUCAAUUUUUUAUGUCCUUUGUAUGAUCAGUAUCUGUCAUUGUUCAUGAUAUAAGUAUUUUCAAGACACACUCAUCCAGUCAUGAGCCUUUAUACACAAGAGGCAAUUCGUCAUUAAUGGGUAUGAGUGUAACUUUGUAUAUAAUAUUUAUAAUGAAAUAAUCAUGAACUUUUGUAAUGUUUUAUCAAA